GGUACGCAGGACAAAUCGGGCUCCUGAAAGGGGUACAGUAGCCUGGAAAGGUUGAGAGCAUUACAGAGCAUGUAGAUCUGAUUAAAUACUUUGGCCUUCCCCGUCUGUCAGGUGGAUAGAAGUUUGCUGGAGGGUGUUACUGAAUUCUCCUCACUUACUCCACCAAUUCCUGGUAUUUCUUGAUAAGACCUUUGAUGUCUUAAUCACAAGCUUUGUAGCUCUCCCGCUGGGUAAGGAGACAGUUUUCUCAGCAGCAUGUGACGCUCCCAGCUGUGCGAUCUCCCACAUCUGGGAUUAAAGGGCAAAGCAAUGGACGGAAUGGGGAAAAGCUCUUGGCACUGAUGCAAGGCACAAAGCCCUGUGCGGUAAGAGGGAAUUGCGGUCGCUAUAGCAAUGCAUGGUAUCUUGGGCUGAGUCAGGAUCUCCCCCCACCCACCCCCUAAAGGGCUGGAAGCACUGUGCCCAGGACUAGGAUGCGGGAGCCGUGGCUCUGCCAUUAACUGGCUUCCCUCUCCAUGCCUCAGUCUUCCCUGACGCGCCUGUGACGCCCGCUGAGAUCUCCCGGUGACAAGUGCUAUAGAAGGGCAAGAAAGGGGUGCAAGGUGGAGCAGCUGAGAAUGGACCCAAUACAGCUUCCCCCCCAAGGCCCAGAGGUGAUGGCUGAGGGACUGAUCCUCAUUGUCUGGCGGCAGCUGGCCCAGCAACCCGCUGCAGUCUCCUCGCCCCGUAUCCAUUAUCCAGAAUGAUGCACAGAGUGAAUUCUGCCAACGGCUUUGGAGCAAACAUAGCCUGUCCAAGGUAAUCCACAGCUGUUUGGAAGGACCGUGCAGGAAGCACAGUCUGCUUCGGUAUCCUGAUGAGUGUGAUCCUCCGAGCCAGGGCGCUGGGGAGAACGCGUGAGAUUUCAGAUUGAUGUGGGCAGCAGGGGAGACCCCAAAGAUAGGUCACAAAUUGGAAAUUUGCUUGUCAUAAAUCACUUGCACUAUUAGCUCAGCGUCCGUGCUGCCUGCCAGUAAACGGGGUUGCUGGGACACCCGGGAGGAGCAAGGGGGAGCCAACCUGGGGACCAUGAACCCAGAUCAAUGUUUGUGAGCAAUACUGUGCAGGCCCGGCCCAGGGUUAUCUCGGUGAUCGGCACAUUGUCUGGAAGCCUCGUGCGAACUGUUCAAAUAGAUCCACUUGGGGCCUGAGCCAUAGCUUAGGGAAGCUGAUGAAAAGGCUAAAAGUAUUUGUGACCUAUGGAGAUUGGAGCCCAGCCCACCCUGGAUAUUUCCUUGCCGGGGGGGGGAGGGAGGGUUGUAAAUGUUGCUUUUCAUAGCUUCAAACUGCAUCUUUGACUGAUGCUAGAUUGGCAUUUACAAGGACCCACUGUAGAAAAAACUCGGGGUGUGGGGAGUGGGUUGUUUGAGGUUGUUUAGGUGCCUGGGCCAGGGAAUGCAAAGGCAACCCAGAGAAGAUGGAGGAAACAAAUGCAACUGAUGAACAUGCACUGCCUGGAAGAGCCUGGAACCAACUGAUCAGGGAGGAGAUGGAGGGCUCUGGAGGGAAAAUCUUGAAAGUCAUCAGUUGGCAGCUGAGCAGCUGCCACCUCACCAGAGCUGCCUCUGGCAGGAGUAUAAAGGGCUACUGACCCCACUCGGUUUCCAGGACCCACGUAAGAAGCAGAAUGGCUUUCCUCUGGUUCCUGCCCUGCCUCGCCUUCCUGGGCACUGCCUAUGGCUGCGGCCUCCCUGCCAUCCAGCCUGCCAUCAGUGGCUAUGCUCGAAUCGUGAACGGUGAGACGGCGGUUCCUGGAUCCUGGCCCUGGCAGGUCUCCCUACAGGACAACACUGGCUUCCAUUUCUGCGGUGGCUCCCUGAUCAGCGAGAACUGGGUGGUCACCGCUGCUCACUGCGGUGUCAGCACAAGUCACCGUGUGGUUCUGGGGGAAUUUAACCAACACUCUCCGGCUGAGGAUGUGCAAGUCCUGCAGAUUGCCAAGGUUUUCAAGAACCGCAAAUUCAGCGGAGUCUCCCUGAAGAAUGACAUCACCCUGCUCAAGCUGGCCACGCCAGCCAACAUGACGGACCGUGUGUCCCCUGUGUGCCUGCCCGCAGCCACUGACGACUUCCCUGGAGGCCUGACCUGCGUGACCACAGGCUGGGGCUUGACCAAUCCCAGCGCCCAGAAUACCCCAGACCAGCUGCAGCAGGUGGCACUGCCCCUGCUGACCAACAGGCAGUGCAGGAGGUACUGGGGCAACAUCCCGGGCAACAUCUGCGCCGACGCCGCUGGAGCCUCCUCCUGCAUGGAGGAGAUACUCCACCCAACCUGCUGCUGCUGCUUGCAAGGUGACUCCGGCGGCCCCCUGGUGUGCCAGAAGGAUGGCGCCUGGACCCUGGUGGGGAUCGUCUCCUGGGGAAGCAGCACCUGCUCCCCCUCCACGCCCGGUGUUUACGCCCGCGUCAGCGUCAGGGCCUGGAUCGACCAGACCAUUGUAGCCGAUUAACUCAGCCGCACAUUCCCAGCGUGACCAGUCAAUAAAGGAACGUCAGAGACUGGCAGUGCCUGUGCCCUGUGGUCUUUGGCUCCUGGGCCGCGACAGGGCUCAUGUGGUGGGGUACAAUCGAGACCUAAGGCACACGGUGUCUGGUCUUCUCCUGUUUAUCUGCGCCCCCUGGUGGAUCAUGCACACGGAUAUGUACUGCAGCACAUGGUACCACCAGCCAAGUCAUCCCAUAGCAUGGACAGAUCAUCUAGUUCAGCCCCCUGCGUGGCUGGCCCAAGUAAACCUAGACCAGCCCUGACAGGCAUUUAUCCCACUUGUUCUUAAACCUCUCAUGACAGAUUCUACAGACUCCCUUGGAAGCCUGUUGCAGAACUUACCUACCCUGAGAGUUGGAAAGUUUUUCCUCACAUCAGAUCUACAUCUCCAU